AUGGAUGCUGUUCCUUGGACUGUAGCCAAUGAUUACAUGGAACAUCUUGUGCAGCAAAGAAUGGAUCACGACACGUACGGCCUGAGACCAAACCAUAGGUUCUUCCAGCAACAUCCGACUGUUAAUGAUUCAUUAUGUCAUCUCAUCUGUAGUGGAUAUAUCCAAAUUGCAGACGACGUUGACACAUUCACUGCUGAUAAAGUAAUUGUCAAAAAUGGCAAAAGUUACGACUGCGAUGUGUUCAUCUCAUGCACUGGCUAUACGUUUGGAUUCCCCUAUUUGGAUAAGAAACUCAUCAAUAUAGAGAAACACGAGGUACCGCUCUACAAGUUCGUCUUCCAACCGGAUCACGCCAAUUUGGCUGUAAUUGGCAUGAUACAGCCAAUAGGGAGUAUCGUCCCUAUCUCUGAGUUGCAGGUGAAGCAAAGGGCAGGUUGCCAGAGGGAUGAUUGAGU